GCUUGACCUCUUCAGGGAAAAAAGUUCCAGCCUCGCGCCUGUGGACUGGUCGACUGCGCCUCUGCCUCACGCGGCAAUCUUCAACUCCAUUGUCAAUCGCCUUUUCUAGCCUGCGUUGCCCAUCGUUAACGAUUAGCCUUAUCACGCCACGCGCAAUCGCAAUCAUGAACGGCGACGGCUACUCUCGCGGUAAGUCCAUUCGUCGUCUGAAAGACCUGACUCUACAUGUGUUUCUGUGUCUAACCAAUGCCUUAUGGGGGAAAAGGCCGAGGAAAGGGAUCUCGCGACUAUCCGAGAGACCGUGAUGAUAGACGCGGUGGUGAUAGAGACAGACACCGAGACCGAAGACGUUCCCGUUCCCCCUACGACCGAAGCUCUAGACGUCGCGAGGACGAGGACAGUUACGCGACAAGUCGUAGCCAUCGCGAGCGCGAGCGUGAGGAUAGAUACUCUGGGCGCGAGAGACGUGGUGGAGAUCGAGAGUGGGAUCGCGACCGCGGAUCUUCCAGACGCGAUGCUAGAAGAGACGACGACGAUCGCCCGCGGAGAGAUCGCGACCCGUACGACGACAGACGCCGAGGCGGAAGAGACAGAAACGAGGAUGCCGGGUUCGGCCGCCGUGAACAGCAACAACAACAACAACGCCAGCGUAGCGCGACGCCACCUCCCAAGAAGAGGGAGCCAACACCUGAUCUGACAAACAUCACUUCAGUCUUGGAGCGCAAGCGACGUUUGACUCAGUGGGACAUCAAACCCCCCGGCUAUGAGAAUGUCACUGCUGAACAAGCCAAGCUGUCAGGCAUGUUCCCUCUGCCCGGUGCUCCUCGCCAGCAACCCAUGGAUCCCAGCAAGCUCCAAGCCAUCAUGAACCAGCCAGGUGGCCAAGUCAACAGUGCCGCGCUGAAGCCGAGCAACUCGCGCCAGGCUAAGCGUCUGCUCAUCAACAACCUUCCCCCAUCCACGACCGAAGAAACCCUCCAGAACUUCUUCAACUUGCAGCUGAACGGCCUCAACAUUAUCGAGAGCACAGACCCUUGCACUAGCUGUCAGGUUUCAAAGGACAGCUCCUUCGCUGUGGUUGAGUUCAGAAACGCUUCCGAAGCCACUGUAGCGCUGGCUCUAGAUGGAAUCUCGAUGGAAGCCGACGAUGCUACAAAUGGUGCAGCGGGUAGCCAGGGCCUCGAGAUCCGUCGUCCGAAGGAUUACAUUGUUCCCGCGGUGGUUGACGACGUCCCAUACGAGCCGGGCGUCGUUUCCAACACGGUGAUCGAUACUCCAAACAAGAUUAGCAUCGUGAACAUGCCCCCUUACCUUUCAGAUGAACAAGUCUCGGAGCUUUUGGUGUCGUUUGGCGAGCUCAAGGCGUUUGUUCUUGUUCGUGACAGAAGCACAGAAGAAUCUCGGGGCAUCGCAUUCUGCGAGUACGUUGAUCCAGCAGCUACGGACGUGGCCAUUCAGGGUCUCAACGGUAUGGACCUUGGAGACAAGAAGCUCAAGGUUCAGAAGGCCAGUGUCGGUGUAACUCAAGUUGCUGGAGUGGAAAUGGGAGUCGCAGCCAUGUCUAUGCUGGCUGGAACGACUUCAACGGACUCUGAGGAAACUCGUGUUCUGCAACUCCUGAACAUGGUUACUCCAGAGGAAUUGAUGGACCCCGACGAUUAUGAGGAAAUCAAGGAGGAUGUCCAGGAGGAGUGCGCCAAGUUUGGCAACGUUCUUGAUAUCAAGAUCCCUCGUCCUGUGGGGGGCAGCAGACAAUCUGCCGGUGUUGGCAAGAUCUUUGUCAAGUUCGAGACCAAGGAGUCGUCCAAGAAAGCGCUCCAAGCACUUGCAGGACGCAAGUUCGCGGAUCGCACUGUUGUUACCACGUACUUUCCCGAGGAAAACUUCGAGGUCGGUGCCUGGUAACCGUUUUUAUUCCGGCACAGGGAACGGGGGAGAUAACAUAAUCAAAAAGGCAAGGGCUGGCGGAAAAGGAACAUUCAGGCCGAUCAUACUUUGGCAGCCUUGUAACCACUGAAAAUGCUGUACCAUAAUUCCGCGAUGCGGGCCGCGGACGACAGGGACGGGAGCAUCCACUGAGUCGCGAAAUUGCA